AUGGAUCCCCCGCGACUGGGAAGCGCGCACCGCAUUCUCUCCGCCUUGGACACGGACGAGCAAGUUCUCCGUUUCGUGGAGGCCAUCACCAGCGACGUCGCGAGCAUCCAGUCGGAGCUCCUCCAGCAAAUCCUGGCGGACAAUGCCGACGUUGCCUACUUCCACAGGCACGGCCUCUUUGGAGUUCCCAGCGCCGAGGACUUCCACUCGCGGCUGCCGCUCAUCUCGUACCAGGACAUCGAGCUCGACGUCGCGAGGAUAGCCAGCGGCGACGAGGAUGGCCAUGCCAAGAUCCUGUGCGCUCGUCCAGUGCGAGAAGUUCUCAAGAGGCAAGGUCCCUUCAACACUGGCAAGUCCCUCCACUUCAUCUACGUGAGGAAUCCCGAAGUGACCCCCGGCGGUGUGAAGCUCUCCUCCGGCCUCAGUGGCUACUUCACCAGCCCGGCUUUUCGUAACCGAAAGAUUGAUCCGGCGACGAGCUACACCUCCCCCGACCAAGUUCUCCAGUGCGUUGACUACACCCAGGCUAAUUACUGCCAUCUUCUCUGCGGCCUCGUUCAAAGGCACCAAGUUGUAUCGAUCGGCUCGGUCUUCGCAUCAACGUUCGUAAGGAGCUUGAAAUCUCUGAAGUGCCAGUGGAAAGAUAUCUGCCAGGACAUCGCCGAGGGAGCGGUGAAUAGCAGGAUUGUCACAAGCGUUCCGGUCAGAAACGCUGUCAAUGCCAUCCUCCGGCCGGAUAUCGAGCUUGCUGAUGCCAUACGAAAGGAAUGCUGUGGCGGGAACUGGAGAGGGAUAGUGAGACGCCUGUGGCCCGAGGCUAGACUUGUCCAGACGAUAAUAACCGGCACCAUGCAGCAAUACGUUUCCAUAAUCGACAUGCUGACCGACGGUCUUCCGAUUGCUUCGUCCCUGUAUGCGUCUUCGGAGUGCAGCAGCCUGGGUGUCAACCUGGAUCCAGUAUGUCCAGCAUCUGAAGUUCUGUACACGUUGUUCCCGUGCUUUGCAUACUUUGAGUUCCUUCCCUUGGAAAACCGACUAUCGGCCCCUGACGAAGACCAAGGGCGGGAAGAACGGAGCUUCGUUUCCUGCGACAACCUGGUAAAACUAGCAGAUGUCAAAGUCGGAGACGAGUACGAGCUGGUACUUACCACCAAGGCCGGUUUAUAUCGGUACAGGGUCGGCGAUAUUCUCAAGGUCGUCAAGUUCCACAAUGAUGCUCCUCAAUUCGCUUUUGUCCGGAGGGCCGGUGUGCUUCUGAGCGUUGACAUGGACAAGACUGACGAGCUUGAGCUACAUAAGGCAGUGACGCAAGCCUGGAAUCGUCAUCAGGAGCACAGCGAAAUUCGGCUGGUGGACUACACCAGUCGAGUCGACUUGUCGUCCCAGCCCGGUCACUAUGUCAUCUACUGGGAGGCCUUCCCAGAUCCUCUGAUUCCCGAGCUUGACGUGUGCUGCUUCGAGCUUGAAGAAUCGCUUAGCGUGGUGUAUCGCCGAAACCGAAGAGAAGGAAGCGUAGGCCCAUUAGAGAUCAAGCUUGUCCGGCAGGGAACUUUUGACAGAAUAAUGGACCAUGUGGUACAGAAUGGCGGAGCGAGCUACGGACAGUAUAAGACGCCAAGAUGUGCCAAAGACCCCAAGGUUGUGAGCAUUCUGGAAAGCAGUGUCAUUGCAAAGGGACAAGCGAGGUGCAUGCAAACCAGUACCUAG